CGGGGCCCUGUGCCCCGAGCUACCUCCCGCUGUAGCUUCCGCGUCAGGGUCCCGGCGGCCGGAACCCCAACUGGAGCUGGGGUUCCCACUGUGGCAAGUUUCCUGGCGGGGUCUGAACACGAGCUGGAGCUGGGAGCUAGAGUCAGGGCAGGAGCCUGGCCUGAGGCCGCAGGCUUUGCGUCCCUGAGAGAUGGAUGGGACUGAAGGCCAUGCCGGGCAGCCUGGCCCUGGUGAGCGGUCUCACCGAAGCAGCGUGUCCUCCGUGGGAGCCCGAGCGGCCGAUGUGCUGGUGUAUCUGGCGGACGACUCCGUGGUGCCCCUGGCUGUGGAGAACCUGCCCUCCCUCAGUGCCCAUGAGCUGCAUCGUGCAGUCCGUGAGGUCCUGCAGCUCCCAGAUGUCGCCCUGGAUGCCUUCGCACUCUGGCUUGUCUCCCCUCUGCUGGAGGUGCAGCUGAAGCCCACGCACCAGCCCUACAAGCUGGGCCGCCAGUGGCUGGAGCUGCUGCUGCGCUUCACCAACGCCCCGGAUGAUGACGUGGCCACGGAUGAGCCUUCUCUGCAGUUCCGGAGGAACGUGUUCUUCCCCAAACGGAGGGAGCUCCAGAUCCACGACGAGGAGGUCCUGCGGCUGCUCUACGAGGAGGCCAAGGGGAACGUGCUGGCUGCCCGGUACCCCUGCGACGUGGAAGACUGUGAGGCACUGGGCGGCCUGGUAUGUCGUGUGCAGCUUGGGCCCUACCAGCCUGGCCGGCCUGAAGUCUGCACCCUGAGGGAGAAGCUGGACUCCUUCCUCCCUGCCCACCUUUGUAAGAGGGGCCAUGGUCUCCUUUCCUCCCUCCGGAGCCGUGGGGCCAAGGCUGGGACAGCUGAGCAGGGGCUGCUCAACGCCUACCGCCAGGUGAAGGAUGUGGCCGACAGUGAGCGCGAGGCCGCCCUGGCUACACACUACCGCUCCUACCUCCUCAAGUGCCAUGAGCUGCCCUUCUACGGGUGUGCCUUCUUCCACGGCGAGAUCGACAAGCCGGCCCAAGGCUUUUUGCACCGGGGCGGGCGCAAGCCAGUGGUCGUGGCCAUCAGCCUGGAGGGCGUGCAUGUCAUCGACAGUAGGGAGAAGCACGUCCUGCUAGGCCUGCGUUUCCAGGAGCUAUCUUGGGACCACACUGCUCCAGAGGAGGAGGAACCCAUCCUGUGGCUGGAGUUCGAUGGGGACAGUGAGGGCACACCUGUCAACAAGCUGCUCAAGAUUUACUCCAAGCAGGCUGAACUGAUGAGUAGCCUCAUCGAGUACUGCAUCGAGCUGAACCAGGCUGCCGAGCCCGCUGUCCCCCAGGAAGGUGUCUCUGGGCCCGGCUCCUCACCUCCUCCCACUCAGCGCCCCGUGCUGCGGAGGCAAGGCAGCGUGGUGUGCAGCCGAAUCCAGCAUCUCUCCACCAUCGACUACGUGGAAGACGGCCAGGGCAUCAAGCGGGUGAAACCGAAGCGCACCACGUCUUUCUUCAGCAGGCAGCUCUCGCUGGGCCAGGGGAGCUACACAGUGGUGCAGCCCACUGACAACCUGGAGCAGGGCUGAGGGCGGCCCCCAACCAGGCCCAGCCCUGUCUUCCCUCAGAGUCCAAGGCCAGGCUGCCUUAGUCUUGGGGAGGAGGGCUGCCUCAGGAAAUACUUUCAGACCAUGGAGAAGUGACUUCUGUGCCUGAGACGAUGCCCGGGCCAUGCAGAGCUGGCUGCGGGGCCUCCUGCAGGAUCCCUCUUACAACCUACUCUCUCUUCUCCUGGACCCUGGGCCCAGCUACUCUCUCAGGACCAGGAGAUCAGGCCCCGGCUCUCCUCCCACCCAAAGAUACACCUGCAGGCCCCUUUCAAGAGUAUCCCAUGCUCUGAAGUGACCAGUGGCAGCUCUGAUGGCAGGGGACUGAGGAGUAGAGCUUGGGGCUGCAAGUCCAGUGUGUGGCCCUUCCUCCCUGGACCUUGGUGACCACAUCCCCCCAUUCCCUCUGCUGGCAUUCCACCUGCAUGGCACUCUAAGGAGGGCCGGAGAGGGCCUCCCUGGAUUGAAACGGAUGGUGAGAGCCCCCCCGCCACACCUCCCUGGAUGAAUUAGGACUGGAGGGAGCAGGGCAGGGUUGGAUCAGAGGAUUCCGCUCAGGUCUCCCUUCUGGGCAGGAGGCACUGACCAGAAGGAAUGGACCCUUUUGUUAGCCUUCGGUAAAGUCACUAUGCUGGGGAGUGACUGUCCUUUGGACCGCCAGGCCCACCAGACCCACCCUCCACAUCUGGGGAAGGCUUCCCAAAACCCCCUUGGUGUUGCCCUCAUAGAAACCCCAGUGUUCUGGGGCCUCAGGUUUUCCUUUCAGUCCCUUUUCAUCUGUUUUGGUUCCCUGAGGCCUGUGAACUGCAGGACAACUCAAGGACACGUCCUCACUAACCUCAGAGCUGUUGGCUUUCCUCCAGAGACAGCGCCGUGGGUGUCCCUGGGGCCAGCCCACACCCAGGACCACCCCAGCGACACAAGACAAUCUCUUCUUUCUGGGGGUACCGGAAAGGCGGUUUUGGAAUGAGUGCUUGGCUUUGGGCUUCCCCGCCUUUCCUGUGUCUUUUCCCACGGAGCUGGGCCCCUAAGAAGUGGGUGUUCCCAGCCCUGAGGCUCCUCCUGGUGGGUGGAGGUCCUCACAGUGGCUUCGGGGACUUCCCACAGGAAGGAGGCAGUCCCAUCAGCACAAGCUAUUGUUCUGUGUUCCCUUCCAAAGGAAAACCGGGGGAGAGGAAGCUAGCCUCUUCUGCCCCAGCGCUCCCUCCCUGUGCCAGCUGGUGAGCACUCCAGGCAGUUCAGGGUGGGCCUGCCUCCUGGUGACAGGGACCUUGUUACUUGUUAGUACGCAGGGGGAGAAAGGCCCGAGAGGUGUCCCCAGCCAGCCUUUUGAACUGUCAGGGCUGCAGGGAGGUGUCCAUUGCCACAUCUUCCCUCCCUGGAGUCAACUGACCUCAGCCUUCCAGCCUGCUGGCUCCAGCCAUCUGGUUACCUGUCUCACUGUUUUGAUUGCAGGUCAGUUCUCACUGAUGGGUGGACCAGACAGCAUGUGUGACGUGGGUGGCGUGCGUGUAUUUGUGUGCGCUCAGAUGACACGUUUGUACUCUUCAGCCUCUUUCUCAUAGCUCUUAACCAUCCAUUGUGCCUUAACCUUUUCUGCCUGCCCUUUGGGACAAAGCAGUGUUUUACUAAAUGCCCUUUGAAUGUUCUCAUUCUUUUGUACCAUGUGACUUAUUAAUAAUAAAAUCUGUUUCUAGCA